AACACUUAAGAAAACUUGUAACACUGAAAAUGUGACAAUAACCUUGUGGGUGCAAUUGCUUACUUGGUGACUCUUUAUUUGCUUCUGUUCUAGGACUCAGAUCAACUUCACAGUGGCUAUUGACUUCACAGCAUCAAAUGGAAAUCCUGCCCAGCCUACUUCUCUCCACUACAUGAACCCUUACCAACUGAAUGCCUAUGGCAUGGCGCUGAAGGCCGUAGGAGAAAUUGUUCAAGAUUAUGACAGCGACAAGAUGUUCCCAGCCCUUGGUUUUGGUGCCAAGCUGCCUCCAGAUGGAAGGAUAUCUCAUGAAUUUGCUUUGAAUGGCAAUCCUCAGAAUCCCUAUUGUGACGGAAUUGAAGGGGUCAUGGAAGCUUAUUACAGAAGUCUGAAAUCUGUGCAGCUGUAUGGGCCAACCAACUUUGCCCCUGUAAUAAACCAUGUAGCAAGGUAUGCAUCUUCUGUAAAAGAUGGCUCCCAGUAUUUUGUGCUCCUGAUUGUGACAGAUGGUGUGAUCUCAGAUAUGGCUCAAACUAAAGAAUCCAUAGUAAAUGCCUCAAAGCUUCCAAUGUCAAUAAUUAUAGUAGGUGUUGGACCUGCAGAAUUUGAUGCAAUGGUCGAAUUGGAUGGAGAUGAUGUAAGAGUUUCCUCCAGAGGGAAAUAUGCUGAAAGGGACAUUGUACAGUUUGUGCCAUUCAGGGAUUAUAUGGACAGAAGUGGAAACCACAUAUUGAGCAUGGCUAGAUUGGCCAAAGAUGUCUUAGCUGAGAUCCCUGAGCAGUUCCUCUCUUACAUGAGAGCCAGAGGAAUCAAGCCAUCACCUGCACCUCCUCCAUAUACCCCACCUACACACGUGCUGCAGACACAAAUAUGACUACGUCCAGAUGCUGAUGUUCACCACACAUCAGUCAGAACUGCUGAGCCUCUGUUUUGCACCUGGUGCUCUGCUAUGAACCAGGGAACGGGACACUUUCUCAGUUUGGUUUCAGCAGUACUCGACAAAUGUGCUUUCUUGGAUCCAAAACUAAUUCUCUUCCUAAACCAAAACUGUAAAUAGGGUGGUUGCAUGAGCAACAGGAAAAUUGUUUAAAUGCUUGAAGCAAAGUAGAGAUGUCUUCUCUAAUUUUCAAAAACUUUUGUUUUGUUCUUGACAGAAUAGCAGAUUUCCAAUGUAUUAUUGGGACAAAGCACAAGUUGCAUUUUUAACACAAAUAUUGUCAUCGACUGCUAUAUACAUAUAUGGGACAGCAGUCUCUGUAUCAAUGUUUACAUGUUACUACUUUUUAAAUUUCAAUACUUUUAUAACUGUUCUUAAGAAUAAGUUUUGAAUAUUGAAUCCUUUGUCUUCUAAAUCGCAAUAGCUAUAAUCACAAGAGCAAUAUCUCUUUGAAUGACUGUCUGGACACUCAUGGUAUGAAUAAUAGAAAAGUAGGAGGAAAAAAAAUCUAUUUACUGAUUAAUAUCUGUCCUCAGUUUUGACCAAUAGUGGGGGUUUAAAGUUAUAAACAGAUGUGACCUUGUAAGAAUACACAUUUUUCAUGGACUUUGGGUUUAAAUUUAGACUGACUGCAGUCAACUUAUGUUUUAUAAUGCUAAGUAGAAGCAAUGAAAAGGCAAACAUAGUGAAUUGUAAAUGCACAGAACAUACUUUGUAUAAAAACUACCAAUUAUUAAUGCUAUCUAACAAAUAACACCAAUACUCUUACUCCAAACCAUGUAGCAGGUGUUUUGAACUUUGUAUUCAGUUGUAUCCUGUCUAGAUACUUUAAUUCAAAGGGAUACUGACUCUCUUGCUUGAGAUUUCUUGUUCUCACCAUUCCACUUUGCCACACGGGUUGCUCAGGCUGGAAUCUCUUGUGAAUUCUCAGUUCAACAUACACAACCCUGUGACUUAGCACAUAACACAUUUGUGAAAGAAAUUCGUUCCUGUCCCCUGAUCUGCCUGUUUGCAAAAUAGCCCCUCCCUGUCCCCUGGCCUGCCUGCUCACAAUCAAUUCUAAAUAGUUUUCAAUGUACAGUUUUGAUACGAAUUACAGUUUUGUGACAUUAUGUCUAAACUUCUUUAGAACAAAUGGCCUUAAAUUCUCACAGAAUUCCUGGAAAUGAUUGUGAAUUGCCUUCAACAUACAGAGAUGUGUAUUUAUUUAUUGUUCUUUUUGUGUCCACAGUGUGACUGCUUUAUAACCUCUCUAUCUUCCCCUCUUUGCUACUUGGAGUAUUCCUACCAUGUGUUCUCUUGUCACAACUUGAUGAAUAGUGACUUUUAUAAGCAUGAAGAUGUUUUAUUGGAAAAUAAUGUAUAAUCCUCACAGAUAACAGACUCACAGUCGCAUAGCUGUGAUGUGAAUUGUCCAUUUUUAAGUACAUAUUAAAAUCUUUAAAAGGGUA